AUCGUCUUCUUCACUGUGGGUCUUCAAAACAGGAAACGGAAAUAACUCGAGACGUUCAUGCCAAAGAAAAAAACACGCGGAACCUAAGUUAUUCUUUGUAAAUGUAGUUAAAAACAGGAUAAGCUUACAGAAGUAAAGACUUAACAUGGAUUUCCAGCACCGGGCUGGAGGCAAGACUGGGUCAGGGGGUGUGGCCUCCGCCUCUGAGACCAACAGGGAUAGGAGAGAGAGACUGCGACAGUUGGCCUUAGAGACCAUAGAUUUGAAUAAAGAUCCCUAUUUUAUGAAAAAUCAUUUGGGUUCUUAUGAAUGUAAACUGUGUUUGACACUUCACAACAAUGAGGGAAGCUAUUUGGCUCAUACACAGGGUAAAAAACAUCAAGCUAAUUUAGCAAGACGAGCAGCUAAGGAAGCAAAAGAAGCGCCAGCACAACCAGCACCAGAGAAAGCCAAAGUUGACAUUAAAAAAUUUGUUAAAAUUGGACGCCCUGGUUAUAAAGUAACAAAACAAAGAGACCAAGAGACUGGACAGCAAAGUCUUUUAUUUCAAAUUGAUUAUCCUGAAAUAGUUGAAGUCAUUCAUCCUCGCUAUAGAUUUAUGGCAGCUUAUGAACAAAAAGUGGAGCCACCAGACAGGAAAUGGCAGUAUCUCUUGUUUGCUGCAGAACCAUAUGAAACAAUUGCAUUUAAGGUACCUAGUCGUGAAGUAGAUAAAGAUCCAAAGAAAUUGUGGACUCAUUGGAAUAGAGAUACAAAACAGUUUUUCCUUCAAUUUGCUUUCAAGUUAGAUGCUAAGGGAAUGUUCCAGGGACCUCCUGGAAGUGGACCCCCUCCACCCAGACAUCCAAUGCCUCCAAGAUUACCCCCUCCUCCAAUGAAUCAUGGAGGACCACAUCGACACAUGGGCCCUCCACAUGGUCCUCCCCAUGGUAUGCCCCAAAGACCGCCACCCCCUGGUCAUUUCAAUAUGGGCCAUCGACCUCCUAUGGGUAUGAACCCCCCUCCCAUGCCUCCUCCAGGAUCAAUGCAUCCUGGACAAAUGCCACAUGGAGGGAUGCGUCCUCCAGGCCCUCCAAUGGGUGCACCUCCCCCACCCCCUGUUCCUCCACCUACAAGCAACAGUGGUGGUAGCCACCCUACUCAACAACAAAUGGUUCCACCCCCACCCCCUCCUCCUCCAAGUUAGAAUUAUACAUUGUACAUUAUUGAUUUAUAUACACCAUUAGUCCAUUAUUACACAAAUGUUAGAGGGUAACAGUUUUUAAAAUCAUGACUACAAACAUUUAAACCUGAUUACCUUGUCAAACAUUGUGUCUAUUUAUCUGUCUAAAACAGUGGUUCUCAACCUUUUUUUGCCAACGGCACGCCUUGGAACACAUGAAAAAAUAUAGCGGCACUGUGAAAAAAUAUUUGAAUUUUGCAAAAUAAAAACAUGGCAAGUCAUAGACGGCAUACAAUAGUACACACAGACUAGUCAUAGACACGUAGAAUGACUAAACGUAAAUAAAGAAAAGCACAGCUAUGAACUUUUUUAUUGCAGUGUUUCGAAUUUCAUCAGUCAAAUAGCUGGCUUCUUUAGUGAAUAAUUUUCUUAGUGUGCCUUUCAAAAUUUCAUGGCACACUGGUUGAGAAUCAUUGGUCUAAAAGAUUACUCUAGGAUAAGAAAUUAAUAUGUCAUAAAAUUAAUGCCACCUGAAGGGAGUUUGAUUUAAAUGUGUUUUGAAAAAUUAAUGCAAACAUCAGAAUAACGAGUGAUAUAGGCACUAAGAUUCAAAAUGGCUUUUUUCGCAAUACAAAAAAGUGGACAACUAUAUUACAUCAUUGUUAUAUCAAGGAAAUUUAAUUAAUCAAUGUUGUUAUUAUAAAUAUCUUGUUUCACAAUAGUCUGAUUUACAGAAAGACUGUUGUGCCUUUAGGUUAUUUACUUUUAUACUGAGACACAAUGAAAAACACAACACAGAUUUGACUAGAAGUCUUAGUGAGACAUAGUGUAGCCCCACUUCUGUUAGUGCUGGAUAUUGCCACUGCAGUCACAAUAUGAUACAUAUCGUGAUUCAGGUGCUACGAUACAAUUCGUAUCACGAUUUAUAACCAGGUCAUUAUUUACCAAGAAAACUGGAUAAAUGAAUAAUUGAUAUUUUUAGUCCUGUGGAUGACGAAGAAAUAAAAUUGUUUUAUAUCACAAUAUUGAUCUGGAUCACAACAAGGACCAAAACAAUUUAGGAGUGUUUGUCUACCUAUGGAUAGCAUGUGAUGUGAAUAAUUAAGAGUGACAGGUUACUUACUGAGGUCACAAAAACACAUAAAAAAGAAUCGCGAUACAUUGAUUCAGCAUCUCACGAUUCAAUUCAUGAAUCGUGAGAAGGUGAAUCGCUUUGCAUUGAUUCAACGAUAUAUCGUGUUCAAUUCAAUUUUGUUUGUUUCAAAAAAUUUGAUCUGUGGUGCGUUUACAUUAAAACUUCUUUCUCACUGAUGGGAUUUCAAUAUUUUUUUUUGUCGGACAUUUUUACUGAAAAUAAAGGGACAUAACUCUUUAUCGUUAUUUAAGCAGGCAGUUUUAGACCACACAUAAAAAUCAUGUGUCAACAAAAUAUUCAAAUUCGUAUGUAAUAGAAAAUACAGAUUAAUUUCCAUACAUAUAUGGCCUCCAUAUAUGUAGGGAAAUUAAUCUGUAAGUCACAUUUAAAACACUGACUUACCGUAUUAGGCCAUACAAAAAUAAUAUUCUGGUUCUCAGACAAUCCUUCAGAAAAAUCUGAUGUGAGAGGGAGGUUUUUUUUUGUGUUUCUAUUAUGUCAAAGGGCUAAAUGAAUUCUCACAUCACAUUUCAAGACACUACAUUCAUCUCAUGUUGUUCAUAGGAAUGUAUGAUCAUCUAAUGUCAUUCAUGAUUGUCAGUAACAUUUAUACUUCAAAUUUUUGCAUCCUGUAACCGAGGGAAAAUAUUUAUGAGGUAAUGAGAUUGUUUUAAUUUUUUGCAUAAAACUUUGCAUACCUAUUCCUUAUAACCUAAGGAUGCUCCCGAUUGUUUUUUGGUGAAUGCCCGAUCCCCCCUGGAGCAGAGCCACGCACAUUUUUUCUUAGUGUGUCUGUGUGUUGCCUACAGGACACAAUUCUUAAUGGAUCGUUUUGGAACUUGGCAUAUGUAUUCCUUAUAGCCUAAGGACGGCAGUCGGCAACUAUUGAUUUUGGUGCAUGUCCUGACCCCCAGGCGCAGAUCCACGCCUCAUUUUUGUGUUAUCGUGUACAGGCCGCAAUUCUGAAUGGAUUAGCUUGGAACUUGGCAUAUUAUGUAUUUCUUAUAUUCCUUUUAAUAUGUCCACAUGGAAAUGUGGUCGUAUAUUGCCGUCGCCCUCAUCUGUCGUCCAGAAUUUCUUGUGAACACUCUACAGACUAUCAUCUGAUUGUUUUGAAAUUGAUAUAAGUUGUCGACAUUAGUGAGAUGAAGAAGCCUAUUUAAUUUCAAUAAUUUCCGUUAUGGCCCUUGUUUCACUUUAUUGCACCUUGUGAACACUCUAACGACAAAAGUUAUCAUUCGAUCUGUAUGAAAUUUAAUUGCAUUAUUUAAGUCAGUGAAACGAAGAAGCCUAUUGAAUCUCAGCAAUUUCUGUUAAUUACAUCUAGACUCUAGAGUUAUAGCCCUUGUUUCACUUUGUCGAACCCUGUGAACACUCAAGUUAUCAUCCGAUCUGUAUGAAAUUUAUGUACAUUAUUUAAAUUAGUGAAAAGAAGCCUAUUGAAUUUUAGUAAUUUUCGUUAAAUAUUCUAGAGUUAUUUCCCUUGGUUGACUUUGUUGAUCCCUGUGAACGACAAAAGUUUUCAUCCGAUCUACAUCAUAUUACAGUUAUUGCAGCCAUUUCAUAUUUCAUUCUCUUCAUUUUAAAAAAUACCAUAUCAAUCAAAGCAGAAAUGGGAACGCAUAUUGCUGUGUUAGCGAUGCUCUUGUUAAGUGACACAGAAGUAUCUGAGACCCAGAAUAUUUAUUUUGUAUAGCCUUAAUUUUUUUAUUUUAGGUCAUCAGGCAUCUGGUAAUUUCACAAUCGGAAAUUUGUCAUAAAAUAAACACAGAAUACUCUUGAUUUUAUUAACACUCCCCAAAUGUUUUUAAUUGGUGUUAAUGAAAUAAAUAAAAUCUGGUUAACGUUUCCUGCUUUUUUACAUAACUGUUAAGAAUUUUUUCACAGCAUUGUAUCAAGUGCUUAACAGUUUGAAAGAAAGUAGGGUUACUUGAAAAGAAAAGUUGUGUGAAUGACCUGAACUGAUUUGUUGAAAUAUUUUUUUUAAUAACACGGGACACCCUUAAUAAAAGUGGGUAUAAGUAUGGGAAGAAAUGGUAUGUUUGCCUUUUUUAAAGUUUCAAAUAGGGGAUAUAGGUGGCUGAAUUUUAGAUCAUGAGGUCUGUCAUUGAGUCUUGUUGCAUGGUGUCGAUUCUCUGCUUGUAGGUAAUGCAAUCUAUUUAAAACACAGAUCCUAUUUCGUUUCGUUUUUAUAGUUCAAAAUUUCGUUUUACUUGUCUUUACUACUUCAUGUAGUGUAGGCCAUCGAAAGUAUAAAAAAAGGAAACGAAAUAUAGACCUGUAUUUUAAUCAGAUUGUAGGUAAUGAGGAGUGGUCGCCUGUCCAACCAUGUUGGUUUUCUCCAGGUUCCUCCAAGUGCUAAGGACCCUUACGUAUGGGAAGAAAUGGUCGGUUUGCCUUUUCUAAAGAUUCAAAAGUGUGUGGGAGGGGGGGGGGGAUGGGUGGACAAAUUUUAAAUCAUAAGGUCUGUCAUUGAGUCUUGUUGCAUUGUGCCACUUCUCUGCUUGUAGGUAAUAAGGAUUAGGGUCGCCUGUCCAACCAUGUGGGUUUUCUUUGGGUACGUCUAAGUGCUAAGGACUCUCAAUGAAAGCAGUUUAUUGUAAUGACAUUGGACCAUGUAGUACUAGUAUGUGUUCGGUGGACAUCAAACUCUUCCUCUCUCUUUGAAUAAUUUAAUCACUUCAGUGAUUAGCCAAACACUUGUGUACUAGUGACCAAUCCUAUAUGGAAUCGGGAGAGAUUGUAUUUCUUGUAAAAUAAGUAUCAUUGAGCUUCAGAUAUUUGCACAGGGCCAGAAGAAUUAUCAAGUUUUAUUCACUAAAAUAUAUUGGAGAGGGAACUUUUAAUGUAUUGUCUCUCUCUCUAUACAAUUUUUGCAUUUGUAUAUAUUGGUCUUAUAGAUACUUAUGGGAGAUUAGAUAAAGAGCUGGCAGUGUUCACUAUUAUAGUUAAAAACUAGAUAAUGUAAAGAGAAUUUGCUGAAAGUUAUUGUCAAAUUGAUCCACUCUGAACCGAGAUUUUAGCUAUUGCAUUUUCGGCCUAGCCUCGAUCAUUACUAAAGUUGGACGGAUAAAAAACAUAGUCUCGAUUAUCCAUUUUAUGAUUAAAUUAUGAAUGGAAGUCGAACAGGAAAUCGGAACCUAAUCCAAUAAACAUUGCAGGCUAGCGAUGACAUUGAGAGUUGAUUACGGUCUGGAUAGGUUAAUAAUGUCUAAAUAAUAAUUUAGAUAACAUUUCAGGUCUAAAGAAAGACCUGCAAUAGGCAUAUUUAGCUCUUACAUAUGCAUGUUUAACUCUCCAUCUCUAGCAGCAUAUAUUUAGAACAUAAUGCCAUCGUUUUCUGAGAUCAUUAAGUAUAAAUCUUACUGCAAAUAUUAAUUUAAAGACAUCACAACCUAUUAUUAACUGUAAUUGUUAUUGUAAAUUUGCUGUCAUUUGAUUAUUUCAUAUGUAUCAUUCAAUUAUAUUUGAAAUUAAACUUUUUCAACAAAAUGAACCUA